AGUACUUUAGUUACAGUGUUGGGUGAGUUUGAAACAACUCCCCCUGCCUUGGGCUUACACACACGGGGACUGGAUUUCCUAUCCCACCCGCUCCCGUGCGGGCUGCCUUCUGCUGCUGCUGCUGCUUUUCAAAUCAAGGCCAAGCUGCAGGCUUUGAUUUUUGUUUUGUUUUUGGCCUGCCCCUCUCACCUCCCCCGGUUUUUUCCCCUCUUUUGCUUUGAUUUCUGCGCGCGCGCGUGUUUUGCCUCCACCGAUCUUCACAAAUCGUUUUGGCAUGAGUUAAACACCCGAUAUGGACACCAAACAUUUCCUGCCACUGGAUUUCUCUACUCAAGUCAAUUCCACGUCCCUGAACUCUCCGACUGGCCGGGGACCUAUGGCCGCACCUUCCCUCCAUCCAUCCAUUGGGCCAGGCAUUGGCUCCUCGCUGGGCUCUCCGGGUCAGCUCCAUUCACCCAUCAGCACUCUCAGUUCACCCAUCAAUGGCAUGGGUCCUCCUUUCUCUGUCAUCAGCUCCCCCAUGGGGCCUCACUCGAUGUCUGUCCCUUCAACCCCCAGCCUUGGAUUUGGAACCGGCAGCCCACAGCUCAAUUCUCCGAUGAACCCCAUCAGCAGCACAGAAGACAUUAAACCGCCCUUGGGACUCAAUGGAGUUCUUAAAGUGCCAGCACACCCCUCAGGAACCAUGGCCUCCUUCACCAAGCACAUAUGCGCCAUCUGUGGGGACAGAUCUUCAGGUAAACAUUAUGGGGUGUACAGCUGCGAGGGGUGCAAAGGUUUCUUCAAGCGCACAGUGCGGAAGGACCUCACCUACACCUGCCGCGACAAUAAGGAUUGCUUGAUUGACAAGCGCCAGCGGAACCGGUGCCAGUACUGCCGGUAUCAGAAGUGUCUGGCAAUGGGCAUGAAGCGAGAAGGGAUGGAGCACCAUCCAUCCCGGCCCACAAGACUUCUGGGAAGCCAAGAAGAACAAGCUGUGCAGGAGGAGAGGCAGCGAGGGAAGGACCGAAACGAGAACGAGGUGGAGUCGACAAGUAGCGCCAAUGAGGACAUGCCCGUGGAGAAGAUCCUGGAAGCUGAACUCGCAGUGGAGCCAAAGACAGAGACAUACAUCGAGGCAAAUAUGGGCUUGACUCCUAGCUCGCCCAAUGACCCAGUAACCAACAUAUGCCAAGCAGCAGAUAAACAGCUCUUCACCUUGGUGGAAUGGGCAAAGAGAAUUCCCCAUUUUUCAGAACUGCCGUUGGAUGACCAGGUCAUCUUACUCAGAGCAGGCUGGAAUGAGCUCCUAAUCGCCUCCUUCUCCCACCGUUCCAUAGCUGUGAAAGAUGGGAUCCUCCUGGCCACCGGCCUCCAUGUGCAUCGGAACAGCGCUCACAGCGCAGGAGUUGGCGCCAUCUUUGAUAGAGUACUGACAGAACUCGUGUCAAAAAUGCGAGACAUGCAGAUGGACAAGACGGAGCUGGGCUGCCUGCGAGCCAUUGUCCUCUUCAAUCCUGACUCGAAAGGACUCUCCAACCCCGCUGAGGUGGAGGCUUUGCGUGAGAAGGUGUACGCGUCACUAGAGGCAUACUGCAAACACAAAUACCCUGACCAGCCUGGAAGGUUUGCAAAACUCUUGCUUCGCCUCCCCGCCCUCCGAUCCAUUGGCCUGAAAUGCCUGGAGCACCUGUUCUUCUUCAAGCUAAUAGGAGACACGCCCAUCGACACCUUCUUGAUGGAGAUGCUGGAAGCACCCCACCAAAUGACUUAGAGAAUCUUGGCUGGGUCAGUCCCUUCACCCAGUGGGGGCCUCAGCAGCCUCCUCUCACCUCCACUCUUCCUCUUCCUCCUCCCUCUCCCCGGGGCCGGAGACCCCAUCCGAUCUUCUCCGUCUGACCCAGGGUGACACCCCGCCACCCCUUGCCUCCUCGUCACGCUGACCUCUGCUCAUUUUGUCACUGCUGCAUCGAAGGAGCUGACGAUUGUUUUACUGUUUUAGAUGUAGAGAAGUGGGACGUAGCGUAUCAAAAGCAAACAACCCCCCUGCUCCGCCUCCUGGCAUACCUGAGUUUGUAACUCAACUGAAGCUCAGGCUUCUCGGCUCCCUGCCUGCCCCUGCCGUAGUUGGGUUUGGAUUUCUGCAUGCGGCUGAGAUGGUUGGUUGGAAGCACGUGGCGGGGUUGAUCCCACCCAUAGGAACCCUGAGCGGCUGGGGUUUGGAUGAGCUGGGGGAGUGGUUUAAUCCUGCUUACCCACAGCUGGAUAUUUUCAGAGGAUGGAGUUUUUAAAAGAGGAAAGAAUCUAUAUUUUUGGUUUCUAACAAUUAGUAUUUACUUCUCUCAAGGAAAGUCGCUCUGGAAUGGCCCCUGCCAUGUCGCGAAUGAGGAUCUUUUGCGGAGCUUUCUCUUUUGAAUGAAAAGCAGGGGAUUGUGGGAUUGAUCGCUAAUCCCCUUCCCCCUCCCCAGACUAAUGACCUGAACGGAGAAAUGACCGGUCACACCGAGAGACUGAGCCCCCCUCUGUGUGUGGAGGGCAGUGUGGACGGCGGUGACUUCAGUGCCCUGCUUUCCUUCUAGAAAAGCAACAGCGUGUCAUGAUUUUUCCAAAGAUGACUGUUCUUUCAGUUGUGGAGCUAGCCAAUCAAAACAUGAACCAUCUGGAUUGCACAAGUCUGUAGCAGUUGCUUUAAGGCUGCAAUGAUUCCAAUUCCCACUCCCCUCGUAAGAGUCUUACUGGAAUCCCUACUUCUUCCUUAACACACAGGCAUUCAUCAUGACCCAUAACACUAUGUGCAUUUCACAUUAUGGUGUCCACGCACACUUGCUCAAGCAGGCCAAGCAAACUAGUUGAUGUUAGUGAGCUUGUCAGGGGUUCUGGGAGAGCCAGUUUGCCUGGCAGUAGGACUGAUGGCUACUAGGAGCUGGUAAUGGGCGGAGUGGUGCGAAUAACCAAUUUUUCAGCUCACGGUCACGUUGAUAGGGCCCAAUUCAUCACUGUUUUGCACAAUCAUUGACCUCAGUGCAAAAUGUUACCACCUCAUUUGACGAUUUGGCAGCUCGGGUGUAAAUGACUGCACAGGGUGCCAGGCAAUGGGAAAUUGGGCUCUAGGGGAGCACUUAAUUGGUGAGAUUGAUUGGUGAAGUGAGGGCUGUGCCUUCUCCAAAACUCUUCCCCAUCUGCUGUAGGUAUUGAUUUUUGUGAGUGAGUUGGUGCUCCCCACAGGGAUCAGAAAAUGGGGGUGCAGCCUCUGUCCUAGUGGCCAAAAAGGUGAUUUUCUAUUUGCUGGUUAAAUAUUAAAUUUACCAUCUCAGAAUAAAGAUUUCAAAGCAAUCCCCCAUUCCUCCCCCCCAAAAUCCCCUUUGCCUUCUCCAUUGGACUCUCACAUCAUUUUCUUAGAGCAACAUGUGAUGAGCAUUCAGGGAUACCUCCGUUUUGGAAGGACCUGGGCUGGAAAUCUUUGCCACACCUGGGGAGAUAUCAGAGAACAGCAGGAAGCACUGAAGAGAUCACUUCCCUUGGCAGUACCUUUGGCUGAUUGUCCAUGUUUCUGUGGUAAUUCUGAGGGAAGCUAUGUUAUAAAAAUUCGGCUUUAGGCAGGAAACAAAAAUGCAGUAAUUUGAGCUUGCCCACUCAAAAAUCUCUGUUCUCUUGGACAGCAAGGUGGCUGGUGGGUUUUUAGAUACUUUGAUCCUAGAAGCACACCCACUGAAGAGCAAUUACUUGCUGAUCAGAGAUACUAAUAAGAUCUUAUCCAUUAGCAGGCAGGAUUGUUCCCUACAGUCUGUUCCCCAGAAUUCUGUCCAGUCCAGUUUGAAAUGACCUGGGAAUCCAGGACUCCACUACUUCCCUUAGAAGGGAGGUUAUUUCACAGUCUGCUGGAUCUCACUUUUACAAUGUUUUUUCCAGCUCUUCAGCCUGUUGGCUGCUUGUCCCAGGCAGCAGGAGCUGCUUUAAAACAUGUGUGGGGAGAGGCUCAGUUUUUUUGCUUUUACGGACUGCUGGCUUCUCACUUAAUCCCUGUGCAUUUGCCAAAUCGCAGCACUUCACAAACUCCAGGGAACGUCUUCAGGUUUCUUAGGGGGCAGCGAAUCAGCCAGGGAGCAGGUGUCGCCUGAGGCCAAGCUAGAAAACAAAUGAAAAGGAAAAGCAGAAGAAACAAUGAAGUCUCUUGCUGAUUUUUUCAGAGGAAAGUAGCUGUUCUUAACACAUGAAAGGAGCAUUUGGGCCAAGCCAAGAAAGAGAUGCCUGCAGUUGGUUCCCUACCAGUGACUUCUCAUCUACAUCUAUUUGGUUUGUGCUUUAAAAUGACAAAUUAUUAGAGUCCAAAACUAUUUCUUCCCCUCUCCUCCUCCCCUGCCGCCUCAUUGGUUGCAACUGGCUCUUUAAAUAGCUGCUUUGUGUCUCAGUCAAGUGUGAUCAAGCAAAUUCAACCCUCGGCUGUUACCUAUGUUCAUUCAGAGGCACGGUUGAUAUUAAGUCUUACAGCUGCUGCCCCCUUUCCAAGCAUGCUGGCAGUUCAAAUUCUGUCAGUGAAUAAGGCCAUCUUGGAGCUCAACAAGGAUUUCAGGUCAAAACUGCCCCCCAGUCCAGCCUCAAGUGUCAAAUCCACAGAGACAGGGAACAUGUUUUGGCUGCGUUUCUUUGGCAGCCUGGGCGCUGCUAAAAAUAUUAUUAAACAGCUUCACCCUGGAAGAAUUUGCCAAGAAAACAUGGCAAGAGAACUUAGUCAUCUAGAGGAUGCCAACGUGGACCAUCAUGAUCUAUGCAUUUCCAUCCGAAGAGUGAGAGAGUGGUCAGCAGGAGCUUGCGGGUACCUGUAAACUUCCCACCAGGCUGGCACCUGGGAUCUGAGCCCAAGAGCGCCAUGGUUAUUUUUUAACCCGCAUUUUGGAUCCCAAUCCCUGUCCGUGCUACUGAAUCUCAGGUGUUUAAACAUUUUAGAAGGCGUCUCAGAAGCCUGGAUUGUGUGUUUUGUCUGCCUAGAGCCUGCUUGCCAGAGAAUAUCAGGAUGCUUUAUUAAAGAGUCCAUUGAACAUAGCACUGUAAUAAACAUUUAGUCUUGUUUAUCUCCAUUGGGCAGACCCCCUUUUUUUUUUUAAUUGGAUGCUUGAAAGGAGCUGUGUUAGGGGCUGGAAGUCCGAGUUGCUGCUUGUUUUUCUAGGCUGCAAAUGUGAGCUCUUAGCCAGCUUGUCAUCAGCCGUCAGAAGGAGCUAGGGAAUGGGCUGGUUUAGGCCAAAGACGGACUUGUGUGUGGGGGGGGCGGAUUCUGAGCCCCCUGGGGAAAAGUGGGCAGAGCUCCGAUCUAAUGAGCAUGCAGCACAUCUCACCCACAUUAAUGUAGAACCACGUCUGAGUCUAAAUGGCUUCCCUGGCUCUUCAAUAAAUAAAUAGUUCAGUAUCCCAGAGCAGUGGUUCUCAAACUAGGGCCACCGCUUGU